AUGAAUUCAAAGUUAGACUCAUUACGAGAUUGUAAGACAUUGGAUGAAAUUGACUUCAAUAAGUUGAAAAUUAUUAGAGACAAAACACCGGACAAUAUCAACGACAGGUGUUUACAGUUAUGCAAAGCAUACCUAUCGGACCAGUGGUGUCGACAGACUAUCGACUCAAUUGUGGUCAAUAAAUUGACUGGUGGACUGACUAAUCAGAUAUACCAUUGCAGUAUAAAGUCGCCCGAAACGGGAUCAGUUGUACCACAAGAAGUUGCCAUCAGAUUCUACGGCAAAAAGUACGUGUCAUUUGAUGAUAGCAAUCGCACCGGUAGUAAUAAUGAGAGGAUAUCUGAUGUGGUGACUGCACUAAUGGUUUCACGGAUGAGUUUGGGACCAAAAAUCUACGGUAUGUUUAGUGGCGGAGAAAUUCAAGCCUACUAUAAGCACCGUAUUUUUGGCGUAGAGGAGCAAAAAUGUCCUGAAUUGGUGACACAGGUGUUCAAAAAGUUGGCCAAAUUUCACGCUAUGACUGUCCCGGUCAUGAAGUGCUACACAAUGAGUAAAAUGAUGGAACAGUUUUAUGAUGAAAUUUACCGCAAUUUACCAUAUGAUCAAUGGAUACAUGAGCUCAACUGUCAGACACUGUUGGCUCACGACUUGAAACAUGAAAUGCAAUGGAUUGAGGAGUUGUUAGCUGAGGUCAACAGUCCUCAAGUUUACUGUCACAAUGACUUUCGCAGCAAUAAUAUUAUGAUAUUAGAGAGGCUUGAGCUAAAUGGCAACGAUAGGGUGCUGUUAUGCGAUUUUGAUGGAUCAGCUUAUGGAUACCGGGGCCAGGAUUUCGGUACAAUUAUGUACGAAUGGGGAAGAGAUUGGAACGGUGUCCGAGAUUUGCCAGAGUUUCCAUCUGACAAAGUAUUAAUACAGAUAAUAGAGAACUAUCUGUGUGUUGGCACCGAAAUUCAUGGACAGUCGUAUAGGGAACGGACUGUCAAUUCCAGUCAUCAAUUACUUAGAGAAAUCAAAAUGGGAGCAGAUAUUCAUUACAGAAACUAUUGGCAUUUAAAACAGCAAUUUAUUGAAGAAAAAGUUAUAUAA